AUGAAGGAGAUAGCUGAAAGGUUGGAGUGCAAGGAUUUGCUGGAUAUCUGUGAAGAGGUGAAAGCAGAGGGCAGGAAGGGGCUGGAUUUGAGUCUCCACCUGAAAGGUCAGCUGGGGGAGAACCCUGGGCCGCAGUGGGCACGCAUCCAGCAAGAGGAAAACCUCAAGCUGAGUGACUCUUCCCAAGCUGUGGAGAUACCCCUGAGGAGGAAACUUUGGGAUAGGCAAAGCCAGACCUUGCUGGCUGGCUCUGAAGGCACUGAAGGCCAAGCAGGCAGCCUGGAGCUGGAGGACACUGCUUAUCCACAACGAAAAUCCCGCCGGGCAAAGCUGCAGCAAUGUAGCAAGGCAGACCCCAGAAGCAGACUGGGCGUGGAAAGCCAGAGCAGUCCUUCUCUCCUAAGCCAGAGCCAGUGCAAGGAAACACGCGUGAGCCUCCAGCAGCACUGCCUCACCACCCACCGGGAGGAGAGGGCCUUCUCCUGCAGCAAGAGGCUCCAGCACCAGAAGGACAUCAAGGACCACAUCAGGAGGGUGCAGAAAGGGGAGCCCCAGGCCUGCCCCUACUGUGACAAAGUCAUCAGCUCCAAGUGUGGCCUGAGGGUCCACCUAAGAACCCACACCAGGGAGAAACCUUACCAGUGCCAGCACUGCCCCACCAGCUUUGCUCAGAGGUCUGCCUACAACACCCACCUGAGGAAAAUCCACCAGUCUGGGCAAGAGAGGAAGCUCCUGCCUGUCUACUGGAUGGUGGUUCCACCUGGGCAGAGAGCAAGCACCACGGGCUGUGACAAAGGGCACUGCAGAUCAGGGGGAGCAACCUGGGGAUUCAUCCCUUGGCCACAGAGACUGCAGCAACCAGCAGGAGGAGAGGAGGAGUGGUGUGAGAAGUGCACCCAGCAGUUUGUCUCCAGGAAGAGGUACGUGGAGCACUGCAGGGACAGCCACCAGUGCCUGCCGGGCAAAGCCUACCGCUGUGACAUCUGCCCCAAGGCCUUUGCCACCUACACCAGCUGGAAGGAGCACCGGGCCUGCGUGCACACCGAGGAGAGGCACUUCUCCUGCAGCCUCUGCACCGCCACCUUCAAACGCAAGAGGGAUGUGCGGACACACUGCGUGCGGAAGCACGAGGGGAGGGCCAAGCGCCCCCUCUGCUCCGUCUGCGGGAAGAUCCUCAGCUCCCGCACCGCCCUGCUCUUCCACAUGAGGACGCACACGGGGGAGAAGCCUUACCAGUGUGCCGUCUGCCAGGCCAGGUUUGCUCAGCCCUCCCAGCUCAAGAUCCACACCAGGUCCCACACGGGGGAGAAGCCAUACAUCUGUGAGGACUGUGGGGCUUGCUUUGCUGACAGGGGCAAGCUCACUGCUCACAAAAGGACCCACACAGGAGAACGCCUGUUCAGAUGUGAUGUGUGUGGGAAACAUUUUGCCACCAAUGAAUACUUGAAAUGCCACAAGAGGUGUCACCUGGGUGCCAAACCCUACAAGUGCCAGGUUUGUGGGAAGACCUUUGGCCUGAGAGCCUCACUGGCCCAGCACAGCAACGUCCAUGCAGAGACCCGCCCCUAUUUCUGCGAGCAGUGCGGGAAAACCUUCACCCAGCAGGGAGCGCUGCGCCGCCACCAGCGGAUCCACACCGGGGAGAAGCCCUACAAGUGCAGAGCCUGCGAGAGAACCUUCACGGACAUGUCCACCCUCCGCAGACACGUGGCGGUCCACGACCGGAACGCUCACUGGAGAACUUUCCUCAUCGAUCUCAGCCCCAAGAAGGACCACAACUGGUCCAAGAUAGAGACGCUCUCGGAGGCCUGGGGGGUGAAGACUCCACCCCGAAAUCUGGUCGGUUGAGCAGGGGAAACUUUACAAACCCGAGGGCGUUAUUCU